CCCCGUUUGUAGGAAUAAAAGUAAGGCUUUUCUUCUUUCUUCAACCUCUUUUCUUCACCAACUUGCCAUAGACGGAAAGUUGCAGAAGAAGAAGAAGAGAGGCGGCCAGGAUAAUCGGAGGAGAUUUCGAUUCCUGAAGGAAGGUCGGAGUGCGAUUGACAGUCACGUAUAGUUUCAAGGAGCUGCUCUUUGAUCUUCUUUCCUGGAAUCGAUUUUUCAUUGGCUUUUCUUUUCCCCUGCAAAUCCUUAUCAGUUGCGCGUUUUUCAUUCAUGGGUGGUUGUCUUGGAUGCUACACAAAGCCCAAACUAAAAACUAAGCUCAACGAACCGUCGAAAGGUCAAUCAAUUCAUUGUGAUGGACUAGAGAAACCCAGCAGAUCAGAGGAUUUCUGGACUACUAGUACAUUUGAUGUGGACAACAGUGCAGGUCAAUCACAAGGUAGUAUGUCAUCAAUGAGUACAAUCAACCAGAUGCACAAUCCGCACGGUAGCUCGGGCAACGUACACAACCCUUCAGAAUUUAUAAAUCAUGGCUUUCUUCUGUGGAAUCAAACUAGGCAACGCUGGACAGGGAAUAGAUCCGAAAACCGAGCACCGCAGUUUCAAGAACCCAAGCUAGACUGCAAUGCAACAUAUGAAAAUUUACUAGGGAGCAACAAGCCAUUCCGCCAACCAAUUCCACUCAGCGAAAUGGUAGAUUUUCUUGUGGAUGUAUGGGAACAAGAAGGGUUGUAUGAUUGAUUAAUUUGAAGAGUGCACAAGGCUUCAUAGUCUCACUGUGAGUCAAUGGCUUUAUUUGAACCAUCAAAAUCUGCCUUGUAUUGCUGAAACGUCAAAUGAACAUUUACCCUGUUGUUGCUGCUGGCCCCUCUUUUUGGUGCUUGGUUUGAUUUUCUCGUAGUGCCUUGGAGCUCUACAUCUUUACUCUGCUGUAGAAAAUUCAGCUGUGCUAGAAGUUACUGUUUUUGCAAAUUAUUUUUCUUUUCUUUCCUCUAAGUAAUGAUAAACAAAUCUCAACA